AUGAAUUCUCGCACUCUGGAAUGGAAUAGAGAUUUUUAUGAAGAUUGCACAGGUGUGUAUAGUGUAUGUCAGUCUCUUGGUUGUGCUGGACCAACUCAAACAAUGCUUAUGCCUCAUUCCACCAGCCCUGAAGAUGAGAAAACAGUUAUUGAAUUUUCUGGUAAGAAUUUUGUGACAGGACAGCAGAAAAUAUUAACAGGAAUGCCAUCAAGUCAUGUUGUCAUUUCAUCUUGGCAGUAUCCAGAAUUUGCUGAAUCUGAAUUCUAUGUCGAAACAUUGUUAGCCAUGUUAAGAGAAUGGGCGAGGCACUUCACCAAGGGAGACACUGAAAAGGAUUGUGGUAAGGUAUAUGAUGGUGAAUACACUUGGAGAAUGCAGUAUUUGUCACUCUCAAGUCAGAACAUAGAACAUUCAACUAUUUUUGAAAAUUUUCUUCCAGUUGGCGAGACAGCGAAUGGUGCUAAUCUCACCACCAAGAUAAAGUACCAAGGGUGUAGUCUUGACGAUCAAGAUGAUUGGAAUCAAUUUAGAAUUGCUGUGCGAGCAACAAUUAGAGAGACUCCACCAUCUACAGCUGGGAAAGGAUUCUCCCCAUCACCUUCUCCACGACUUCUUCAGCAGUCUGGAAAUUUUUCAUUCUCCGGAACAACCACACCGAAAAAGGAAUUAGACAAGCGAACAGUUUCACCACAUCGGUUUCCUCUGUUACGAACCGCAUCUCUUGCUAGUCGGCCAACCCCCCCCCCCCCCCCCCCCCCAAAGCUCUAGGCCAACCACCCCAAAUAAGAGUCGGCCUACUACUCCAAACCCUUCCAAUGGGAGACGGGUAAUUACUGCAUCCUAUAUAUUUUUCAUUUGUUAAAUGUUAACAAUAUAACUUGUAUAACGUGGAUCAGUCCACGUUAUACAAUAAUUUUAUUUUAUUUUCGUUGAAUCGUGUCUGACAGGUAAAAAUAUUUUUGGGGUAUAUCGUGGGCUGAUUCACGAUAUACCCCUUUUGGUAUAUUAAUUUUUUGUCAUCCCCUUUUGAUAAAUACCGUGUAUUUUUAUACCCUUUAGGCUCCG